UUAUGUGGUCUCUCACUGUGUGCCUCUUCCCUUCUGACACUACAGUGAGCUCCCUUUCUCUCUUUGUCAUCUCCCUCCAUCUAUAGCCUAAGCUUGAUUCCUGAUAGUGCAAGCAAAGCAAACACCCCACACUUCAUCUUUGUUUGGUCACAGCCCCCCUGAGCCUUUCUCUGUUCUCCUCCGUCUUGUUCCAACCUUUUUGCUCCCUCACUACUGCUGUAAGACCACUAUUUAGUGUCUCACAACCACAACCAUUCUACCAAACCACUUCAUUUCUAUCCUUCCAACCCUUUGGCCUCGUUUGUUUUCCUUCUUCUUGCCAUGGGAAGCACAAUGGAAAACACUCUGAAUCUUCCUAUGAAGGAAGCCAGCCAGAGCUUCUUGGAGUAAAUUGCAGUCAGUUCCUAAGUUUCUUCUUCUUCUUCUUCAACCUUAUACCAAGUUUUCAAAGCAGUCAUUUGGAACAAACACUCAAGUCCUCGAGCAUCUCUUCCACUUCUGGUGUCUCCUACCUCCCGCUGGGUCUUCUGGUUUGGAAGUGGUGGAGGUGUGUCUCUGGAUAAGGUUCCCCUGAACCAUGGAGCUCAAGUUUUCUGUCAAAAGGGCAAGGAAAAGCAAUCAUUAAUAGCUGGAAUUUUGGUUCUUAAGGUUGGUCUAUUUCAAAUUCUCAAUUGUCCUUCCUUUCAGCAAAAAAAGAAAUCUUGAGCUUGACCUGUUUCCUUGUUGAGUGGAGGUCAAAAAGAACACUACAAAAGGAAAUAGCACAAAUAUUGAGAGAGAAUGGAUCUUUCUGGCCAUGAAAAAGAGAUCCCAAUCCCAAUAAACAGUUCAUAUUUUGGUGGUCACGGCCAGGCCCCUGGCCACAGCAGCAUCCAUGACACCCCUUCCAUCCACCACUCGUCCAAUGGCACUGCUUCUCCCGUCUCCACUGACACCAGAGAGGACCACCACAACGCUAAAUCCUUCAGCACUAAGAAAGGGGUGGUGGUGAAGUACAGGGAGUGCCUCAAGAACCAUGCAGCAUCCAUCGGUGGGAAUGCCACUGACGGCUGUGGUGAGUUCAUGCCAAGUGGUGAGGAGGGAACUCUAGAGGCCCUGAAGUGCUCUGCUUGCAGCUGCCACAGGAACUUCCAUAGGAAAGAGGCAGAAGGAGAGCCCUCAUGCGACUGCUUCCAACCCAUUAGGUGGAGCAAGAUGAUGGGUGCAUUUGGUUACAGCCCUGCAAGCCGUAGCUUCAUUCCAAGGGCUACACCACACAGCAUGAUCAUGCCUUUGGGUGCCAUGCAGGCCUCUGAGUCUGAUGAGAUGGAAGGGGUGGUGGGCGGGGUGAUGGCAAGGCCUCCCAUGGUGAAGAAGAGGUUCAGGACCAAGUUUACCCCAGAGCAGAAGGAAAAGAUGCUGAGCUUUGCUGAGAAGCUGGGGUGGAGGCUUCAGAAGCAGGAGGAGAGUAUGGUGCAGCAGUUCUGCCAGGAGAUUGGGGUGAAGAGAAGGGUCCUCAAGGUGUGGAUGCACAACAACAAGCACCACUUGGCAAAGAAGACCUCCCUCCAGCUUGACUAACCAAUGAUUCCCAUCUCAUCAUCUCACUCCUAUUCUUCUGUUAAUUUAGUGUUUUUUUUUCUUCCAGGAUUUGCAUGUUAGCUUGUUAUAAUUGUUUUUGUCUUGUGUCACUCAGAUUGGAGUUCAUUAAGCUUAGAUGUUGCUUAUUUCAA